GUUCGGGCCCCCUCGCGCAUAGAUAGCGAGUGAUUUACAGUUUCUCACUCCUUGUUUCAUGCAACGUUAAUAAUCAAUCAUGUUACAAAAGCAAUUGGCGCUCGCCGACGCAAUUGGCGGUGCGGCCCGCAGCGGCGCUCGUGGAGUUCCGCUCCUACGUGCAUCUGGCGCUACGGCCCCGCCGGGCCGCCGCGCCGGCCCUGCACAUGGCGCCCCGCCCGCCUCCCUCGCCGCCGCCCACCGCCCCACCCCGGCACCGUGCCGCCUCCGCCACGCACCCGUGUGCGCCGCCACUGGCCCCGGCGAGGCCCCUCUCUACCCGCCCAUGCCCAUCCCCUCCGACCCCCAGCUCACAGCCGCCAUCUCGGGCGCAGCCGACUGGCGGGCUGUGCGGGAGGUGUUUGGGGCGGCGGCGAGGCGCAUGGACGCGGCACAGCUGCUGCUCACCAGCCAGAGGCUGGCCCACCUGACCGGCGCACUCAACUGGCCGGACGGCGCGCCCCUGCCGCUGCCGGUGCCGCAAGCCGACGCGCCCGCCCUGAGCCACGCGGAGGCGCAGGAGGUGGCGGUGCUGGCUGGCUCGCUGUGCCGCGCCACGCAGGUGUGCCUCAUCGACAUGUACGGACUGCAGCAGGCGGCGGGGCUGUGCCAGGCGUUUACGGCCCUGGGUGCGGUGCCUGCCGCCUCCUGGCUAAAGGCGGCCGAGCUGAUCGCACUGCGCACACAGCGCAACAGCGAGGGAGGCCGCGGCGCCAGCCGCGAGCUGGUGAACGAGCUGCUGCUGCUGGCGGGCUGCUUCCAGCGCCUGGGCCACGCCCCCGACCGCGCCUUCGUGGGCCUGCUGGCGGACACCCUGCCGCUGGAGGCACUGGAGCUGCCGGCGGCGCAGGCGGCGGCGGCGGCGGCGGCGCAGGCAGGCACAGAGGGGCAGGAGGGAGAGGCUCCCGCCGCGCGGCAGGUGCUGAUGGUGAUGACGGCGCCGCAGCUGCUGACGCUGGCCCGGGCGGUGCUGCUGUGGGGCAUGACGCCGCCCGCCGACUGGCCCGAGGCCUACCUGCAGGCCACCUACUCGCGCAUCACCAGCGCCAACCUGAUGGCGGUCACACGCGCCGGCGCGGGCGGCCCCUCGCCCGAGGAGGCGGCGGAGGCGGCGGACGCGGCGGCGGCGCUGCGGCUGGGCGGGCUGGCGGCGCUGCUGUGGGCGGCGGUGGUGCUGGGGGCGCGGCCGGCAGACCCAGGCGGCGACUGGAUGGCGGAGUACAAGGACGCGGCACUGCGGCUGCUGAGGGAGGAGCUGACGGCGCCGCCCGUGGUGCUGGUGGGAGGCAGUAGCAGCAGCGGUAGCGGCAGCGGCAGUAGCGGCGGCAGUAGCACCAGCCUGCAGGAUGUGGCUGCGGUGCUGUCAGCCAUGCAGCAAGUGCUGUACGACCCCGGCCCCGAGUGGGUCAGCAGCUGCCUGCAGGCUGCGGCGGUCAUCCAGCAGCGCACCUCGCCCGCCUCCCCCGCUGCGGGCGCCGCGGCCUCGGGCUCUGACGGGGCCGCCGCCGCCUACAGCGCGCCUGUGGGGGACGCGCUGGCGGCUGUGCUGUUCAUGUCGGCGCAGUACGACCACCCGCAGGACGCCGCCACACGUGACGCGGUGGUGGCCAUGGCGGCCGCCGCGCAGGAGUGGCUGCAGCUGCAGGCAGGCGGCGCCGGCGACAGCCGCCGCGGCCGCGGCCGCCCCGGCAGUAGCACCAGCAGCAACGGCAGUGGCAGUGGCAGUAGCGCCCGGGUGCUGUUCUCGUCUCGGGGGCUGACACAGCUGCUGAUGGCGCUGGUACGCAUGGGCGGCCGGCCCGGGGAGGAGUGGAUGGCGGCGUGGGCGGCGGCGGCAGCCGGCGUGCUGGCGGCGGGCGCGGCGGCGGGCAGGGGCGGCGCCACCGGCUCCGUGUUUGACGCCGACCAGGUGAUGGCUGUGAUGGCGACUGCCGCCCAGGCGGGUGUGGAGCUGCCCGAGCAGCUGCAGGUGGCGCUGGUGGGCAACGUGCUGGUGCCGCCCGCAGGCGGCGGCAAGGCCGGCGCCGGUGCGGGCGCGGGCGCGGGCGUGUCGGCCGCCGGUGUGUUCCUACCUGGCACUGGCAGCCCCGGCGUGCUGCGCGGCGCACCGGCGGACCCUGCCACCCUGGCGGCCGCCGUGUCCGGAGCCGAGGGCGGCGCCGGCAGUAGCGCCGGUGGCGCCAAGGGUGCUGCAGCCGGUGCUGCGGCCGGCGGUCUGGGCCUGUCCAAGUUCCGCCAGGUGGUGGAUGUGGUGGCGCUGCAGCCGCACAAGCUGCGGGCCGAGUGGGUGCAGCACUAUGUGGAGCUGGUGCAGGACUUCAGGCUGCGGCUGAGCGCGCGCGAGGUGCUGGGCGUGGUGUGCGCCCUGUCCCAGUUCAGGAACGUGCGGCUGGUGCAGAUGCCGGCCGCGGCCGCCGGCGCCGCCGCCGCACACGCCAGCCCGCGCCUGGUCCGCCUGUCGCCGCCCGACUCGGAGGCCGCGGCGCAGGGCUCGGGCGGCAGUGCGGAGGGCGACGAGGGCGGCGACGCGGCGGCCGGGGGCGCUGGUGGUGGUGGAGGCGUGCUUCUGGACGCGGGCUGGGUGUCGGGUCUGCUGGAUGACCUGCGGGCGCGCGGCGGGCUGCAGGGGCCACGGGAGGUUAUGCAGCUGGCGCAGACCCUGGCUGAGUUGGAGGCGCCCGCACCGCUGCUGGGGUUCCUGGAGACGUCCGCCCUCAACCUGACCGGCGAGGACGGCCGCCGCAAGAAGCCCGCGGCGGCGGCAGCCGCCACUGGGGCGGCGGCGGCGGCGGCGCCAGCACCAGCGGCGGCGCGCAUCCGGCUCAAGCUGCAGUCCAAUCCCGUGCUACAAAAGGUGGCGGCGGUGGCGGUGGCGGCGGGUGACGCAGAGGGCGGUGACACGGAACCCAAGCCGGAGUCUGUCUCGCCAGCGGUGGCGGCUCUGGCGGAGCAGCGGGCGGCUGCGGAGGCGGAGGCGGCGGAGGAGGAUGAGGCUUGGGCGCUGGCCUGGCCGGCCAUGUUGGCAACCUUUGCGGCGGGAGGAUACGUGCCUGAGCGCAGGUGGUGGGACCGCUUCGCCGCGGCCACGCUGCCCUCCCUGGAGGCCUACGAGCCGCAGCGCCUGGCCGCCACCGCCGCCGCCGCACUGGCCUGCAGCCAUAAGGCAGCGCAGGCAGCACAGGCGGCGGAGCCGGAGGCGGCGGCGGCAGCGGCGGAGGUGGAGGAGGUGGCGGCGGCGCUGCUGCCUAACCUGGAGUGGCACCAACAGGCGUUUGGUCUGAUUGCGGGGGCGCUGCAGAGCUGCCCGCUGUCCAUGCAGCAGGUGCGGCAGGCGGCGGCGGGCAUGCUGGCGGAGCAGCGCCGGCAGACCAGGCAGCAGCAGCAGGAGGCGGCGGAGGAGGGGGGCGCUGCUACAGCCACUGCUACUGCUGCUGCAGCUGACGACGUGGAGGGGGAGCUGGACGCGAGCGAGGAGGAGAUGCGGGAGGCGCUCAUGGCCGCCAGCGCGGAGCUGCCGGGGCUGCUGACGCAGCUGACGGCGCCGCGGGUGCCGCUGCCCGGCGAGCUGUGUGAGCUGUUGGAGCACAUGGCGGCGGAGGCGGCGGCCCUGGCGGCGGAGGCCGCGGGCAGGGCACAGGCCGGCGCGGGCAGCAGCAGUGGCGGCGGUGGUGGCGGCGAGGAGGACGGCGGCGGUGGCGGCGACCUUGAUGACGUGCUGUACUGCCAGCAGCUGAUCUGUCUGGUGCUGCAGGCGUUCCUGGUGUCUGAGUACAGCCCCGCGGGGGGUCAGGACUGGGUGGCGCGGGUGGCGCCGGUGCUGCUGUGGAGCCGGCCCGUGUGGGCGCCAGGCUCUGCCGCCGGCCAGCUGGAGCAGCAGGAGGAGCUACUGCUCAGUGCCGAGGCCACCACCACCACCGCCUACGCCGCAGGGCAGCUACAGCUGCAGCUACAGCCGCAGCAGGUGGCGGCGCUGCUGCGGCACGCGGCGCGGCUGGCGGGCGGCGGCGCCAUGUCAGCGGGCGAGGUGGCGGCGGCGCUGCGGGGGCUGAGCGGCGUGGAGGGCGCGACGGAGGAGGGCGGCGUGGAGGCGGCGGGCGAGGCGCUGGGAGAGCUACUGGAGCUGCUGGCCGCCCAGAGCUCCCGGCUAUCCGCCGAGGGUCUGUCGGAGGCGGCCACCGCGCUGCUGCAGCUGGGCGUGGGGCUGCCGGAGCAGCUGGCGCACAGGUUCAGGCCGGCGCUGCAGAGGGCGGCGCCGCAGCUGGAGCCGGUGCAGAUGAUGACGGUGCUGGCAGCCGGCUCCAGCCUGGGCCUGGAGCCGCCCUCGCGGGACCUGAUCAAGGCCAUGUGCGCCCAGGUGGAGCGGCUGGCCAAGGACCCGCACCCCCUGGCGCCCGCGGCCGCCGUGGAGGUUGCAUACAUGGUGAUGCAGUGGGCUCCGCAGGUGGCCAUGUCGGAGCUGGACGCACUGAGGGACGCCGUGGCGGAGGGGCUGCAGAUCAUCCUGCGCCGGCGCCUGGCCUCGCUGGGGCCCGCUGUGGCGCCCAAGUUCGCGCUGCUACUGCCGACUGCGGGCGUGGAGCUGCCCGGCGCGGGUCUGGAGGGCGCCGACGGCAGUAGCAGUAGCAGCAGCGGCAGUAGCAGUGCCCCCAGCAGCCGGGAUCGGGCGGACCGACAGUCAGCGCUGCGGCCGCUGGUGGCGGCGCUGGCGGAGGGGCUGGGGCUGGGCGGGGCAGGGGACGGGGUAGGGGCGGGGCAGGGGAAAGGGGAGCAGCGUGUGUGUAUGUACGACACGGCGGACUGCGCCGAUGCGCUCAUGGGCCUGGGCCUGGCGGGCGUGGCUGUGCCCGUGGACUUCACCCGGCGGGUGGUGGAGGUCACGAGGGAGCAGCUGGCGGCGGCCGGAGCCGGCGGCGGCGCCUCCGCCUCCGCCGCCGUCAGUGCUCGGAGCCUGGCGGCGCUUCUGACCGGGCUGGCGGAACAGCGGCGCAUGGCGCAGCAGGAGGACGGGGCGCCCUACCUGCCCUCGCCCGACUCGCCGCCAUUCGACAUGCCCGCAUCCUACGCAGCCGCGGUCUGGGCGGCGGCGCGGCGGAUGGCGCGGCCGGAGGUGCUGGCGGCGGAGGCGGCGGCCGGCGAGGAGGACGAGGCGGCGGAGGCGGCGGCGGAGGCUGCGGCGGCGGCGGCGUGGGACGUGAACAGCGCUGGCACGUUCCUGCGGGGGGCGGUGUUCCUGGGCUCGCGGCCGGAUGCGGAGACGACGCAGGCGGUGAUUGAGUGCGCGCUGGGGCGGUACCGGGACAUGCCCGACCCCACAGCACUGGCGACACUGGUGCAGGUGCUAGCGGCAAUGAACUACGCACCGCCGCCGGGCUGGGCGGCGGAGGCGCGGGCGGCGCUGGCCGGCGCCCUGGGCUCGCUGCCGCCCGAGCUGCGGGACAGCGUGCUGCGGACGUUGCAGGUCUCGGGCGCCGCCGCGGCGGCGGCAGCCAGUGGCAUUCCCAUGUCGCCGCGGGGCGGGGCGGGGAGUGGCACGAGGGGUGGGAGUGGGAGUGGCGGCGUGGCGAAGAGCGUGUGGGGCAGCAAGCUGGGCCGCAGCGGCAGCGCGGGCAAGGGCGGGCGGCGGAGCGGCGGGGGUGGUGGCAGUGGUGGUGGGGGCAAGGGCCCGUCGGGCGGCAGCGCACGCGGGCGGAGGUAGGCUGUCAAAGCAGAGGAGUGGAGUUCGUGUGUGGUGGUGGAGAUGGUGAUGUUGCGAUGUUCCCAAGACAGCGAUGGCAGUGCCAAACGGAUGACAUGCGCAGUUUGGCCCCAGACACGGGAGCUUUACGCAAGUUCAUGGUCGCGACUUGUCCCGCCUUAUAUUAACUGUGUGACAUAAGACGCAACGAAGCAAGAGACCACCGAUCGGCUCCUUGGGAUC